CGCCACGCCUCUGGAUAGCCACGCCCCGGCCCGCCCUGUGGCGCAUUGUGGGAUCUGUCCGCGGGCGAGGCGGUGGAGGACGCGGCGCUUAGCUAUGGGGAUGCAGCAGGGCCCAAUCCUGCUGGCCUCGCUGGGGGUGGGGCUGGUUACCUUGCUCGGCCUGGCUGUGGGCACUUACUUGGUGCGAAAGUCCCGCCGGCUGCAGGUCACUCUUCUGGACCCCAAUGAGAAGUACCUGCUGCGACUCCUGGACAAAACGACUGUGAGCCACAACACCAAGAGGUUCCGCUUUGCCCUGCCCACCGCCCACCACAUUCUGGGGCUGCCUGUGGGCAAACACGUCUACCUCUAUGCCCGAAUCGAUGGUAACUUGGUCAUCAGGCCAUACACUCCUGUCACCAGUGAUGAGGACCGAGGCUACGUGGAUCUCGUCAUCAAGGUCUACCUGAAGGGUGUACACCCCAAGUUUCCCGAGGGAGGGAAGAUGUCUCAAUACCUGGAUAGCCUGAAGAUUGGGGACGUGGUAGAGUUCCGGGGGCCAAACGGGCUCCUCACUUACACCGGGAAAGGGAAUUUUAACAUUCAGCCCAACAAGAAAUCUCCACCAGAGCCCCAGGUGGCAAAGAAACUGGGAAUGAUUGCUGGAGGGACAGGAAUAACCCCCAUGCUACAGCUGAUCCGGGCCAUCCUGAAAGUCCCUGAAGAUCCAACCCAGUGCUUUCUGCUUUUUGCCAACCAGACUGAAAAGGACAUAAUCCUUCGGGAGGACUUGGAGGAACUGCAGGCCCGAUAUCCCAAUCGCUUUAAACUCUGGUUCACUCUGGACCAUCCCCCGUCAGGUUGGCCCUACAGCAAGGGUUUUGUGACUGCUGACAUGAUCCAGGAGCACCUGCCUGCCCCAGGGGAUGAUGUGCUGCUGCUGCUCUGUGGGCCAACCCCAAUGGUGCAGCUGGCCUGCCAUCCCAACCUGGACAAACUGGGCUACUCGCAAAAGAUGCGAUUCACCUACUGAGCAUCUCCUGGCUUCCCUGGUCCCCUGUCUGCAACUGCCCCUAGUCAGUGCUCAAAUACUAUAUAAGCUAUAGAUUCUUUUCCUGAAAGUGUCAUUUUUGCAACUUUCUCUGGAGCUAAAAGGUGGAUAACACUCUCGAGAACAACAUCCCUGGAGUCGUGCAAGAGGGCGAGGGCCAAGGCAUUCCCUGGAAGGGCCCCAGAUCUCCCUGUGGUGAAGGGUCCAGGUGAGGCCCAUGGAAAUGUAGUCCUGGGGUCAGAAAGAAGGGAGCAUGCACAUUUGCUCCAAGCCUGGCUCGUUCCUUGAUAGUAUCACACUUGACCUUUAUGUCUGUGAUAAAAAGUACAGAGUUUUACUUACUAUACAGUAUUUAACCCAUGGGCAAAUUCUUCAUUUAUGUGAGGGCAAGUUGAGUGGACCUAGAGAGGUGGUUUUAUAUAGUAGAAACGGAUGAAAUAGCUUCUUCAGAACUGCAGACCUCCGAGAAAGGAGUCUGAAAUAUGUUUGCGCAUCUGUCUCUCUUGCCUGGUGCCCAGGUUAGAGGGAAAUGGCUACCCAUAACCUAAGACUGCUGCUCACGUGAGGAACCUGUUCAAAUAAAUGGGGCUGAGACCCCAAUGCGA